AUAAGCGGCUCUAAACGUUUACAUUUCAUACAUCAAAAUUAAGGUGUUUUUAUUUACGUUUGAUGUUUGAGUCAAAAAUCUGCGUGUCAUUAAAAAGUGAAAAAUGGCAAGUGCUACAAAUUAUUUUGGCUUUGAACUUUUGAACAAAUUAGUGGAUGAUCAAUUACAGAAAAAAGAAGAUGUGAUUAUAUUGUUCGUGCAUUGGUUUUUGAUAAAAAAUGGGUUUAAAUGUAUUGGCUUAGGAGAUUCAAAAACAUUCGAACAAAAUGAAGAAGGGUCUGAAAUACUUCCUGAGGGAUGGAGUCAGCAAAAUCAUUAUGCAUUACGAUAUUUAAAAAACGGAGAACUUUAUAUCUUUCUGGGCAGGAGAUCAGACAAUAAUCUAUUACUUAAUUUUCUGCCAACUAAUUCUACUGAUAAUGAAGUAUCGAAUGUGAAAUUUCCAAUAGAAACAACAGUAAAUAGUACUCAUGGACCAUUAUCAACUCUUAUUCCAACUUAUCAGGAUGUGAUUAACAAAAUUUCAAAAGAAUUAAUAGAACCAGUAUGUCCAGAAUUUACUAAAGAAACAUCUACACAAACUCUUGCUGAGACAUCACAAAAUCCACAAGAGCUCAAUAGAGAUCAUUUGCAAAUUGGACCACAACGACUACCCCAAAGACCAUUAAUAGGUAAUGUUUAUGGAGUUGGAAGAAGAGAUUUAGAUCCAUUCGGAGGAAUAGGACCAAGAGAUGGAGGGAUGCUUUUUGAUCCUUUCCAUCCAGGCGGAAGACUAAACAUUGAUCCUUUAAGACCUGGAGGUUUAGGCGGCCCAAAUUUACCACCUGCUGCAAUUCCGCCUGGUGCAAGAUUUGAUCCUUUUGGACCUCCCGAUGUUAACAGGCCCGGUCCCUACCGUAGAAAUCCUGACCAUGAUCAUCUUCCUCCCCCAGGAUAUGAUGAUAUGUUUCAAUAAAAAAAAUUUUUUACAGACUAUUAUUUUUUAUUUGAUUAAAAGGUAUUUCCUUGAAAAAUGUACAUUUUUAUUGAAAAAAAUAAUAAGAUCGUUUACAUGA